AUGGCUCUUGUGAAGUUACGUGUUGCGUGCCUACCUGAUGAUUUGAAUGCUGAGAAAUCAAAAGCCCCCCCAAAAUUCACUGCCCCUCUUGGGGGUGGAAUCCUGAAGAAUCAUUCGAUGAAAUGGGGGAAUGGGGCGGUUCGAUUGGGUGGCUGCAAAAAUCAUGAAUCAGUUGAGAGAAGUUUCUUGGGAGAACUCUUCCCGAAGGCCUUGAUGCCCUUCUUUCCAUAG